UAUGGCGGGGUAUAAUGAAGCGUUGCAAAGCAAGAAUAAACCACCAAAGCAGAGUGCAGGCUAUCUAUCAGUCAAAGAAUGGCAUAUUCCAUCAGCAAUUCGRUACCGGAAGUAUUACUGUGUACUGUUUGGWGAUGUUUUACAACUUUUUGACAAUGAAAAGUCAUAUUCGAGUAGGAAGCAGACUCCCAAAGCUCAAGUUGAUUUGCAAAAGGUUUGCAGUAUAUCAGAAACUGUUCAAGCACUAAGAGGACAGAAGACCAAUACAGAAUUUUGUUUCAAAUUAGAACUUCAUAAUCAGAAUGAAGUUGUGUUUUCAGCAAAGUCAAAGGAGGAAGUUAAGUGCUGGGUGGAUUGUUUGAAGCACACAAAACUAUUUUAUGAAAAUUACUCAGCUAGAGAAAACAUAAAGAAUAAGCCUACCAAUGAUGCAAACAGACCAUCUUUAAAGAAAGAAGAGAGUGAUUCCACCAAUGAAAUAAAACAGCACGAAAUUGAUCCUAGCGACAUUAGCUUGUCAAUCAUCAUGUCACAUGGUCCCAAGUAUACUGUAUAUAUGAAGCCAGAUGKUGAUWUCCAGGAMCUGUGGGCAGCAGUUCUUAAGUGGCUUCCUGGUCACUAUUGUGAAAAAUGUGAAAGUUGCCAACUACGUCGUAGUACAAUGGAAUUAUGGUCAGUUGAUAGUGAAGGCAUAGCCUGCAAAGUUAAUGAAAAUUUUACAAAUUUUCAAAACAAGGAACUAUAUUUAUUAGARCAUAACUACAAGCUUCUUGUUGUACACUUUGAAGACUCAACAUUUUUAGUUUCACCUGCUGAUAUCUCAAUCAAGUCCAAAGAGGUGCCAGAAAUUGAGCUGUUUACAAGAAAACUCACCAGCAUUGAUUGCAUCAAUGCUCAGCUUUACUUGUUAACAUCAUCUAAUUCAGUGACACUUCCUUUCUCUCCUGAUGAGCAACCACUGAUGGACUACUUUUGGGAGAGAAGAGGAAAUGAAUGGUCAUAUCGUGACAGAAAAGGAGAUAAACUCUUGUUAAAAUCCAGGGCUUUGAUAAUUCCUCAGCCUCAGGCAACUGCUGAAAAGUGUCAAGAACUCAAGACAAAAAAGACRUUUGAAGAAAUAAGGCAAAAAUUAGCAAUAAAAGAAAUUGAAAAAAAUCAACUCAAGAAAAAAGCAUUGAAGAUGACACAGGCUGUUAACACUGCAMCCGGCUUCCCUGUUGAAUGGAGUACUGGCAGUCCCAGUAAUUCAAUCUUGUCAAAGGAAAAAUCCUGGAAUUUCAAACCUUGUUUUAAUGAAGUGCCUACUARAGUACCCUCUUCUGACAAGCAAAAACCUGUCCCCUUUGACUACAUGUCAGAUGAGGACAACUGUAUAGUUAAAGAAAGAAGAUCUUCUGAAGGAGAUAAAACUAAACAGGAGGGAGUUAAUCUUUUUAAAAGACGUACUAUCAGCGAAUCAGAUGCUCACAUUCACAGAAAAGGAGCAAUAAGACACAGAAAAAAAUCACCAAAAAGAUUGCCUUCUAACAAGCCAACUUCCCAAAGCAAUCAAAACAUUGAAAAUAAAGAAAGAGGAGGAGAUAGAUGUUGUUGUACUAAUGAACAUUUAUGUCAAUGUGCAUCAAGAACUGCAGAGGAUAUUCCAACAUCAGAAAACAUAGAUCCUGUGCCAUCAUGUCCUGUAAGAGAAUCACAAAUCAGUGUAUCAUCAGAAAAUGUCUCAUCUUCAGAAAGCUUUCCAUCAUCACUGAACUUGAAACGCUUGUCAGUUUCCUCUUCAGAACAUGACCCUGCAUCAAACUCAUGUACUCCUUUUGACAACUCUUUGGAGAAAAUGGAUCAGAAUUAUAAUCCAGAAAUAAAUCCAAACGAAAUAACUAGUUGUACAUCAGACUGUGAACACGUAGUAGUGUCAUCGCAGAAAGAUCAUUCCUGCAUGAAGUCAAACAGACAUUGYUGCAGCUAUUAUAGAGUGGAGUCUCCUUGUAUACUAAAACCCAUCCUUGAACAAUAUGCAAGGUUAAGUAAAGGUGAGGAAGAAGUGAAUAGCUGUGAUCCUCCAAAAAACCUUUGUUUGUCAUCAAUACAUCUGACAAACAAAGACAAUCAUUGGGUGAUUGAGAAUGAAGAGGAGUUGACAUUUAAUGACAAUGAAGUUGACAACUGUGAUGUUUUCUUGUUACCACUGGAUAUCAAAGYUAGCUUUGAUUCAUCAACAAGGGAAUGGAUUGUCCAAAAGAUUCAACAAGAUGUUAAUGACAGUGAAAAUAAUGACUCCAUUUUAAUUAACAAUGACGGUGAAUUGAAUCUUGGUAUGUUUUUGUUGUCCAAGCAAUCUGUCUGUCCAGAGUUGACAAUGUUGGAUAAUGCCAUUCAAAAGAUAUUUUUCCAGGCAUCUUUAGUUGAAGGUUUGGAUGACACCAAGAGCCCAGAUCUACGCAAGGUUGUGUGUUUAGAUUUUUGUUCAGCUUUACAUUCCAUUCUUAGCCAYGGACUUAGCACUAGAAGAACUUUGUUUGGAAUAGCAAAGCAUACUUUGUGGGAAGUUGUAGAUGCAGURACAAGUUCAGCUACACCAGGUGCUACAGUGUUACAGAAAAUCAACAGACUUGGAGUUCAUGAAGACAGACUUCGUUUGGAGCUGUUUGUAUGUGAAUGCCUGAAUAAAGGAGCWUUGGCCGAGUGGYUUGAAUGGCUUCUAAGCCAAACWCAAAYACUCAAUACAUUUUACAAUGACAAUGCAUUAAUGAUGUCAAAGGGAAAUGAUGUUGUACAAAAGCUGUUUUGCAUAACUUUUCUCCMAUUUCAGUUAAGUUAUUUUGUAGAAGUAGAAGAGAAGUUAAAAAAAGAAAGAGUGACAACUUUUAGUUUUGAAURAAAAAUGUGGGCCAUUUGCACAGCUAUGAUCUCCAGUUAAAUGUAUUGAAAAGCAUGACAAAUCAUGGAAGUUGCACAAAAGUAACUUUAUUCAUUAUAAACUAUGGUUAUUUGAGUAACUAUUUCUAGAGAGAGGUUCUGAACUUUUUAUCUAUUUUAAUGAUAGUUUUGUGACAAAUGUGUAAGUUUACAGAUAGCUUAUGCCUUUAGACAAAUGUUUAGCUCUGCGAUCAUCUGUGAGUUUCUCAAUGAAUGAAUUUGUUGAUAACAUUAUCAAGAGCAAGAACUAGACAUGUAGAAAGCUGACUUUGUAGAUGUAGCAUGCCAGAGUUUGGACAUUUGUAAAUAAUGUAUUAUCCAAAGUGUACUAGAAGAAGAUUUAGCAUCUACUAUAGUGUUUUAGUAUAUGCCUUGCACUACUGCCCUCACUCUUACUUUACUGUUAAGUGGUAUUGUAUUACAUUAUACUUAUAUACAAUGAAAAAAUAGUACACCUUAGAUCAUGAGCCAAUAACACAUAGAGAUAUUUCUGGCAAAAUAUUAGUGUAGAAAUUAAUAAUUGUUGUACACUGUAAAAGGAAAGAAAACUAAGUAAUUUAUUUCUCCUUUUACCGUGUAUGACAUUAACUUAUUGCAUUGGCAACACUACCUUACUGAAUAAAGAAGAGCAAGAUAUA